UUUCAGCAAUGGCGUUCACCCAGUGGAUGUGUAUUCUACUACUGAGUGAACUGGGUCAGUGCUAUGUAAACCUAAGCAGAAAAAAAGGAACAGUAGCUUCUCAAAGCUCCACACGCAAUCGGGUAUUAAAAGCGAGUAAAGCCAUUGACGGAAAUAAAGUCCAGACAUACGGAGAGUGUUCACAUACAGCUCUCGGACACAACAUAUCUUGGUUCCAAGUGGACCUUGGUAGCGAUUACAGUUUGAAAUCUGUGAAAAUAUACUACAGAAAUGAUACUGAUUGGCCUCCAUACCGAUUUCGCCAGUUCUACUUAGAUGUAUCGAACAGAUCGGCGGACUCCACUACAACCUUAACGUCACAGAGAAAACGUUGUUACGAGGACAACACAACCGCCCCGGCCACGCCUCCAUCCGUGAUUGACAUUCCUUGUAAAGAAACAGCGAGAUACGUCAUCCUGGAGACCACGUACGAUGCUACCGAAGAUGAAAAUCUGACGAAGACUGGGCCAGUGCUGGAGAUAUGCGAGAUAGACGUUUACGGUUGCGGUGUAGGGAAGUAUGGGAAUUCAUGCGCACCAUGUCAGGGUUGUUCAGUAUGUGACAUUAUUAGUGGGGCGUGUCCUUGUGAUACCUGUGUAAAUACUACCUGCACUCGAUCUAAUGGAUACUGCACCGAGGGCUGUAUCACGGGAUACUGGGGUAACACGUGUAAAUCACAGUGUAACCAACACUGCAUAGGAAACACGUGUGAACAAGGAAACGGAACUUGUACCACGGGCUGUGCUGACUUUUAUUAUGGAUACACAUGUGAACACCAGUGUGACUCCCGGUGUAGUCCCCGGACUUGUGACAGGGUCACUGGAGCGUGUAGUGACUGUAAUGCUGGGUAUCACGGUCUAUUCUGUAACAGAGCAUGCAGUCCUUACUGUAAGUCAGGAACAUGUGAUCAACACAACGGACAUUGCAUUGGGGGAUGUAAAACAAACUGGACAGGGAAUAUCUGUGACAAAUGUGACGCAUUACACUUCGGACCUAAUUGUUCUGAAGAUUGCAGUAUAUACUGUAAGGGACGGGCGUGUAAUAACACCACUGGCUCCUGUACUGAUGGAUGUGAUACUGGAUACUACAAAGACACGUGUAAUGUAACGUGUAACCCAGACUGUAAAAACGGAUGCAACAGAACUUCCGGGAAUUGUGAUAAUGGCUGUAUCGAUGGAAAGUUUGGUGUGGCGUGUUACAAUAGUUGUGGUCCUGGUUGUAGAUCGAAGAAAUGUGAACGAACAACAGGGAAUUGCACUUGUAAAACGGGAUGGCAGGGAGAACGAUGUAUGGAAUGUGAUCCAAAAUUUUACGGCGCGUCAUGUGAGGAGUGUAGUCCUCAUUGCUAUAACGGGACGUGUUACGUGAACAAUGGGUCCUGUAUCGGUGGGUGUACUAGAAACUAUACGGGUGACAGAUGUGAUCAAGCCCCGUUUAAAAGGAGCUCUGAGUCACCAGAAGUCCCUGUGGCGAUCAUUGGUGCCGGAGUGGUGGGAGGUUUAGUCGUUCUCAUAGCCGUGAUUAUGGCAGUCGCCAUGUGCAGACGACGGAAGAAUUCAAACUCGUCAACGCCAUCCUUAACCAACAAAACAGUUAAAAACAAACUGAACACCAACAACACCUCCGUGUCUAUUCCAAUUGAGGACCCGGAAGAGGAACCUCAUAGUGAAAACCCGGAAGAAGCCGUGUACUAUAAUAAUUUGUCAGUGGCCAAGGACAUUGUUGUAAAAGAUCUUCUAAAUACCAUUCGCCAAAAGGCAGCAAACGAAAGUGCCGGUUUUAUGAAAGAAUUUAAGUUGAUUCCAUAUGGAGAAAGAUUUCCCUGCGAUACGGCGAAACUGGAAGAAAACAAACCCAAAAACAGAUUCAAAACAAUAUCCCCAUAUGAUCAUUCGAGAGUCGAACUGGAAACUGGUGCCGGAUUCGAAUCAGAUUAUAUAAAUGCAAAUUACAUUGAGGACAUGGAUGGUGCGCGCCAUUAUAUUGCUUGUCAAGGUCCAAUACCGGCCACUUUGGUAGACCAUUGGCGGAUGAUAUGGCAGGAAGGCGUUCAAUAUAUUGUCAUGUUGACCAACCUCAUAGAGGGACCCAAGGUGAAGUGUCAUCAGUACUGGCCAAGUGACGGACAUGAAUUAGACGUAAAUCCAUUUUCCAUCACGUUGCUGGAAGAGAAAGUGUAUGCCUGUUAUGUUGUCCGCAAAAUGACUGUUCACAUGAAGAGAGUAUCAGGUUCAAGGACGGUCGUACAAUUCCACUACACAAGAUGGCCUGAUCACGGGACUCCAAAUCCUCUGAACUUGUUAGUCUUCCUCAGAUACUUCCGGCACAAAAUCAAUACGCCUCAACAUCCCAUUCUUGUACAUUGCAGUGCGGGGAUUGGUCGAACUGGGACGUUCAUUGCACUUGAUGUUCUGUCCAGAUACGGAGAUGUCCAUCACAGGGUCAAUGUAGUGGAGUUUGUCAAGGCAAUGCGGAAAGACAGGAUGACUAUGAUUCAAAACGCCGACCAGUACAUUUUCCUGUACCGCGCGUUGUACGAAUAUUUCAGACGAAAAGGAAAGUCCGUCAGCAAGAAAGAAUUUCUGACGUCAUACGCAGAUCUGGAUAAAUCGGAAGCAAGCAAUGAAAUGACGGAUGAGUUCAAUGCGCUAAAAAGCUUGCGACCACAAUAUGGUAAGGACAAUUUCAAAACAGGACAAAAGUACCUGAAGCUAAAUUUGACAGCAUCGGUUUUACCAGUUGAACAAUAUCUGGUUUAUCUAUCAUCCCAUGUGAAGGGUCGAGAACCAUAUUACAACGCAGUCUCUGUGCCGUCAUUUUCCCAUACCGAGGAAUUUAUUUCUGCGCAGUAUCCUGUGCCAGGUGCUGCUAUUGAUCUUGUACAUCUCUUGGUGGAUCAGGAGUCGCCAAUACUUAUUUCGCUGAACCCAUUAUCUGAUGUGAAGGAGAUUGAAAACUGGGUUGACGCAGAAAACUUUAUAAUCAAUUUGGAUCACUAUGAAAUCACAAGAAGUACACAGACAAUGCUGUGUGGAGAAUUGCGGACAACCAGCAUCACAAUCAAUAGGAAAGAUAGUGGAGAAACACACACGGUUAAGAUAUUUGAAUGUAUGAGUUGGAGUUCCAGUGAGAUCUUACCAAAUGAGCACGCGACACUAACGAACCUGAUAAAGCAUUUAAGUCUGGAUCGAAAAUCACACCCAGAGGGUCCUAUAACUGUUGUUUCAAAGGACGGUGCUACAUGUUGUGGGGUAUUUCUAGCGGUCUAUAACGCGGUAGAACAAAUACUGCAGGACGAUGAGGUGGACAUUUUUACCAUCGUGCAACAACUGCAAUGUCACAGACCGGAAAUUAUAUCCAGAAGGGAAGAAUAUGAAUUCUGCUUCCGGUCUGUUUGGAACUAUCUUAGUUCGGACAGCAUGUAUGCCAAUACCUAAUGAUGGAUAGACGCACCAUAUUAGAUUGAUUCAUGUCUUCAUUAUUGUGUGUAUUGCGAUUUUGUGUUACUAUAGUGUGAUAUGCUCUGAGUAAGCAAGAUGUAAUUAUAAUGUUGAACAUAGUAAGGAUUGUCAUUUUACAUUGUAUUCGGACAUCCUGAGGUCUAAAUUGACAAAUCUAUUGUUAACAUAGUUUUAUAAUGUGAUGUAAAAACACGCAACUGACAAUGUAGGUUAUUUUUGUAUAUGAGUUUAGGAUUUAUGUUUUAUUUAUUUUUUGCAUUCAUCUUUUUAGAGUUUGUGGCGGAAACCACAAUCGAAUCAUUCGGAAUUAUUUGUAUUUGGGAUUUGUUAUAUCUGUUAAACAAUUUUUGCGUAAAAGGGGAAUUCAUCGGAAUUAAUAUCUGGUAAUUGAAUACCUAAACUAGUACCAACUGGCUUAAUCGGAGGGAAUAUGAUAAAAUGUUCUCUGUCGUUUGUGUUAUGGGAUCUUUGUACCCACGUUCACUAAUUCACUACAAUAAGAGAUCGACUAAUCCAUGUAUUUUGCAUUUCUAUGAAGUGAAUUCGCAGAUAGUGCGAUGAGAAGUAUUUGUAAUGACUUUUGUUGAAUGUUCACAAAGAAAAUUAAAUCUGAUAAUCGAGGUAAAAAGACAAAAGCGAUCAUGCUGGUAUUGAACAGUACGAUUUAAUCUUCAUUACGUCCGGCCACACACCUCUUGAAGGACAAGAUUUGCAAGUACCGUGAAACUUCUCUAAACCGGCCGCUUCUCGGACCGGAGAAAACGGCCGUUUUAGAGGGAUGGCCGGUAUUCCGAGAAUUUAGCAAUUAUAGACGUUUUAUCUCAAUAUUCACAAAGUAGGUACUGUCCACUUUGAUCUGGUGAUCUAUGAUCAAUUAUCGGUGGAGAUUAAAUUAGUCCGCUUGUAACUAAAGAUAAUUAUGAAUUACAAGAAAUAUUCUCGCUGAAAUCAUAUAAUUUUAAACUGAAAAUCUAUAACAGGAUACAUAAAGAAAACACAAGCCUAUCAUUGGAAUUCCUCUUACCUAUAAAAACUCUGUUUACAUUCAUCGCUUAUGUCAUUAACAUUUGUUUUUGACGUUUUUAAAACGUACAGUACUAAAUAUGAUAUUGUAAUAUGAACAUUUCUUUGGAAUUUUAAGUCUAUGAAAACCAAGAAAAUUAAUCUAUCUUUUAAUAAUUAUCAAUAACAGUCAUGGGUUCGUUGUUUAUUAACUACCGUUUAUAUCCAUACGAUAGUAUGGUGAAACAAUAUGUCGUUUGAUACUGUAUUAACUCAUUAUGUUCCUAACUGGGUUUUUUUUUACAUGUUGUACAGAAUUUGGAAAGGUCUCUUGGAUUAGAUAAGUGUCAAUUAACAUCAUUGACAGAACAGGGAAACAAUAUAAAUUAAAGAGGCCAGUAGUAUUUUUCACACCUCCGGUCGAUAAUUUCCCACCUGGCCGGUCAGUCAGUCAAUUUGCACACCUGGACGAUCUUGAUCAACCUCUGGCCAAAAUUGUCUUGUAUUCAAAAAGUGGCCGAUAUGUUAAGAAUAAAUUACACAUGUUUCUUAAGAAAUGUACUUUAAAAAGUGGCCGAUGUCCGGUUUUCAGGGGUGUCCGAUUUUGUAAAACUUUCUUUGUAAGGAAAUGUUAAGAUUUCUGCCGGGACUUUGAAAAUCGGUCGAUAUUCAGGGAGAACCGUUUUUCUGAGGGGCCGGUUUGGAGAAGUUUCACUGUAUACAUGUAUAUGCCUGAGCGCUAUCCCAUCCAUUAUUUGAUCAAUGAAAUUUUGAUCGGUAAAGUAAUUUUAUAAUAAGGCUAGAUGACAGCGUCUAAUUUUUGUUGUUUUAUUAUUUUUUUUUCUUGGGGGGGGGGGGGGGGGCUGUAAGAGUUUUUCAUACAUCCCUUCCACUUUCACCAACUGCCGACCUAAGUAAUUACAUCUCCUUCACAGAACAAUUCAUAUUAUGAGUUAAAAUUUUAAAACAUGAAUUUGCAUUCCAGAGAAAACGAAAAGAAGGUACUCUUUGUGUAUGCAUUAAUAUCUUACAUAAAAUACUGACUACAUUGUAUAUUACAAUCUUUUUUUAUUGAAAGAGUUUUUUUCUAUUGAAAUUUAGACAUACAAUUUUAAUCCAUGCAGGGCCAUAUUGAAAACUAGCGUUAUCGCUAAAUAUGUAAUCCUGGAUAAAUAAAGGCUUUAUUAUUAUUGUUAUUAUUCUCCAUUAGUACUUCCUGUAGGUGUGGGUAACUGGGUCAAGUUUAAGUAGUAUAAAGUAUUAUAACAAAGAUAUCGAUAUAUAAACGGAUGAACUAUUAUUUCAGGAGAUGCUUUUUGUAGAUUAAGCAUCCAUCCACUGAAAUCACAAAAUAUUUGGAAUUCGGUUAUCUUGUCAGUAUGAACGAGUUUGAGUCCUUUAUUUACAUACCUCAAAAGACAAGACACUCGAUCAUUUUCGCAUAACAAAAAUCGCCGGUAUAUUUAUUGACAAAUAGAAAUGGGAAAAUCACAUUACUAUUUCUUAGAUGUAGUACGAUUUCGUGUGAGAGAGCAAUGGUAGAAUCAAGACUAGGUGGUCGGUAGACAUUGAACCAAAUGAACGAGAAUCAUCAACAACAAUGCUACGCCUGUUAUAAAGACUGGGCCCUAGUCAGUAGAAAAUACGUGAUAUGGGAAGACCUACAUAUCAGGACAGGAUUGACAUUACUCACCUUUCUAGAAAACUGUCACUUUUUAUUGCAUUUCUCUAAAUCAGUGAAUAAAAAACUUAGAUCUACACAUCAUUUCCCUUAUGUUGCAUACUAAAGCCCCCUCCCGAUGUUAUAGUAAGAUAGGUAAUCAUUUUCAUUGUAAUUACACAGUCAUCCUUCUGCUUUCCAUUAGUCAUUCUUCGUAAGACUCCUAACACGUUUUGAUACUUUGUCAGCACCUCAAUAACUGUCGACAUCAACGCCACCGUUUGGGAAGGAGCGAUAACUUUUACGAAACGUCUUAAUACCAUCGUCGAUAUAGAGUACAGGGAUCAUUGUAGACAGAAUAAUUGAAAAUUGGGAUUAUGAGACAAUUUAAACUUGAUAUACAAUCUGUAAUAAACUGAAGUGCCACUGUCAAACAACGGUCGAAUAACGCACAAUAAAGGCUUUGUUGAAAAGAAUACCACCAGUUGAAAUAAAUAGUAGUUAUUGAAGCAUAGCAUUUUGCAUUAGAUGUAUGUUACAUGAUUUAAACACUUAAUAAUGUCCAAAAACUACCGGCAGAUUUGAAAUUGUAUGUGAAUUCACUUUGAUAAUGCAGAUCCAGAGUGUUAAUGCUAUUACUUUAUAGCAUUUGUUUUUGUUGGGUUUUUGUUUUGUAUUUUGUUUUAUCAUUUUUAUUUAGUUUUGUUUGUUUUUUGUUGUUUUUUUUUUUUAUAAAUUGCCAAAUAUCUGUUUAAAUAUCUGCUGUAGAAUUUGUAUCUGGUGAAUGGUAUGCUGAAAGUUAAGAAUUGUUUUUAUUUAUAUUGAUAUAUACAUCAGGUGUUAAAAUCUUGAAGAAUUCAAAAUAGGUUCAUAUGUUCAACCUCAAUCAGGGAAGAAACAACUAUACUAUGUACACGUCUUUGAAGACGAGGAAGAUUUAAACAGAAACACUUGAAUAUUCGUCUAAACGUUUUCAUACACUUUAAACCUCUUUGUAACGAUAGCAUACCUACUUUUAUUGUCAAGGAGGGGAGCAUAUUAGUAUUUAAUCAUUUUGCACGAUCACUUGUGUGUCACCUAUGUGUCACAAGGAAGUUUAUGCAAGUGCCUCGAUUUAUUUUACACUAGAAUUCUUUUACACAAUUAUAAACAUUCGUAUGUUAUUGCCACUAGUUCAAACUUUUAAGGUAUAUGUUUUUACCGAGCGUUUCAGAAUGUUUCACGUUCCAUUCACACGUGUACAUUUUUCCUGCCAUGAUUUCCAUUUCCAUAUUUAAAUGUUAUGCAUGAAUCAUUUGAAUAUCAAUAAAAUUUACACAAAUUUGCCUA